AUGGCUGCUCAGAUCUCGACGGGAGCCUCAGAGCUCAGGGACAUCACAAAAAUGGAGAGGAUAGGUGCUCAUUCGCACAUCCGUGGGCUGGGACUCGAUGACCGACUCGAGCCGCGGGCGAACUCCCAAGGCAUGGUCGGACAGGCCAAGGCGCGCAAAGCUGCAGGCAUGAUCCUCAAAAUGGUGCAGGAGGGCCGCAUCGCCGGUCGAGCCAUGCUCUUCGCGGGGCCACCGUCCACCGGAAAGACAGCUAUUGCGUUGGGCAUGGCACAAACGCUGGGGCCCGAUGUACCGUUCACGAUGAUCGCUGCUAGCGAGGUCUUCUCGCUCUCUAUGUCCAAGACGGAAGCUCUCACGCAAGCAUUGCGACGGAGUAUUGGCGUGCGUAUCAAGGAAGAGUCGGAGAUCAUUGAGGGAGAGGUUGUCGAGAUGCAGAUUGACCGUAGCCUUACGGGCGCUACGAAGACAGGCAAGCUGACGAUAAAAACUACGGACAUGGAAACCGUAUAUGAUCUGGGUACCAAGAUGAUUGAUGCACUAUCCAAGGAGAAAGUGACUGCAGGAGACGUUAUCGCCAUCGACAAGACCUCUGGGAAGGUGUCAAAGCUCGGUCGCUCAUUUGCAAGAUCAAGGGAUUACGAUGCUAUGGGCGCAGAUACUCGCUUCGUCCAAUGUCCCGAGGGCGAGGUCCAAAAGAGAAAAGAAGUGGUGCACACCGUGUCUCUGCAUGAGAUCGAUGUCAUAAACAGUCGAACGCAAGGUUUCCUGGCUCUCUUUGCUGGAGACACCGGCGAGAUCAAGCCCGAGUUGCGUGACCAAAUCAACACGAAGGUUGCCGAGUGGAGAGAAGAAGGAAAAGCCGAGAUCAUUCCUGGAGUAUUAUUCAUCGACGAAGUGCACAUGCUCGACAUCGAAUGUUUUUCGUUUCUUAAUAGGGCGCUGGAAAACGAGUUCUCUCCGUUGGUGAUCAUGGCUUCGAACCGGGGGAUGGCCCGCAUACGCGGAACAAAGUUCCGCAGUCCGCACGGUCUCCCGGUGGACCUCCUGGACCGAGUGCUGAUAGUCAGCACUCACCCUUACUCCCCGGACGAGAUACAGGAAAUCAUCAAAAUCCGAUGCGAGGAAGAAGAUGUCACGUUGGCUGAUAGUGCGCUGACGGUCCUGACAUCGAUGGCUGCGCAAACGACUCUUCGAUAUGCCUUGAACCUGAUUUCAUGCGGACAGAUUAUCGCCCGCAAGCGCAGGGCGGAGCGGGUGGAGGUCGAGGAUCUCCGCCGCGCAUACACCUACUUUAUGGACGAAAAGCGCAGCGUGCAGUGGCUCAAGGAGCAGCAGGGCUCGCUGGUGUUCGAGGAGAUUGGGAGUGAUGCGGCAACUAAGGAUGCAAUGGACUUGAGCUGA